AUGUUCUGUUUUGGCUACAAAAUGCGUUGCAUUGCGAUCUUCCUAUUCUUCUUCCUGCCCUUACUACCGGUGCUGGCUUCUCCCCUGGAAAACCGCGGUAUUGAACUAGUUCCUGCUUACCGCAACCCAACCUACCGCCCCAAUGCCACCAAAGCGCUCCUUCAUGCCUACCACAGAUAUGGUAUCAAAUCCUUGAUAGGGCCGUAUCAUCGAAAUGAGAACAAUGUCUUAGUCGAGCGACACAAUGACGGGGCCUCUACUGCAGUGUUCGCAGACGACUACAUGAAUGACUUGUUCUAUACUUGUCCAGUACUCAUCGGCACUCCACCGCAGGUUCUUACUAUGAACUUCGAUACUGGCUCUGCAGAUACCUGGGUACGGUCAACAGCUCUUUCUGAACGUUGGCAGAGCAACAAUGCCACGGUGUUUGAUCCUGCACGCUCUUCCAGCUUUCAAAACAUGUCUGAAAGUACCUUUUUCGUCUCAUACGGCGACUCUUCAUGGGUCAAUGGAAAAGUUGGGACAGACAUUUUGAGGAUAGGAAACAUUGCAAUAGAAAAUCAGGCCAUCGAACUGGCAACUGCUUUAGCAUCUGUAUUCAAGACCAUGCCGACCAUGCAGGGGUUCCUGGGUCUAUCAUUCAGCACGCUCAACAAAGCCAAACCCCAUCCAGUGUUGACUCCUGUCGAGAACAUGGCGCUUCAACAGGACAUUCCUGCCGACCACCAACUCUUCACAGCGUAUUUGGGAUCAUACAAGGAUGCGAAGGAUCCUGACAUGGGUCGAUCCUUCUAUACCUUCGGUGGCAUCAACCAAGCUCUCGUUCCACCAGGAGAAGAACCACGGUAUACCAGUGUCAACGACACCGGUGGACGUUGGAAAAUUAGCUCCCCGUCUGUUGUCGUAAAUGGGCAAGCAGUUGACCUUCCACACAAUGAAGCUCUCGUGGACACCGGCACUACCCUGAUAUUUGUCACAGAGGAGGUCUGCAGAGUAUUCUAUGCGCAAAUCCCAGGCGCUCUCUUCUCAGAAGCUGAUGGUCAAUGGAUUUUCCCAACCGAAACCCCUAUCGAUCUUUUGCCCACUUUCUCGGUUGCCGUGGGAGAUUCUCAGGUGGUCAUCAACAAGGAGCACUUUCCUUUCGCCCCAAGCGGACAAGAGAACAUGACUGUGGGAGCAAUUCAGUCCCGGAUUGGAUUGUCCUUUGAUAUCUUAGGGAUUCCUUUUCUUCAGAGUGUCUACGCUAUCUUUGACGUAGGUCGGCGACGAUUUGGAGUGGUCAAUCGUUUUGAUCCUACACCUAAUGGGCCUGCGUGA